ACAAGAGGUUUAAAUUAAGCCAAACUUAAAGACCACUCCUGGCACCCAGUGUGUCCCAUGCCCAAGGAAGAACUUUGGGUUAAACUGCCUAAAACAUUAUGAAUAACCACCAGAAACUACAAAGUUGAUGAGUUAAAGAACAGACUCAUUAUAUCAAAAUCACGGAUGAGAAAUAAUUCUGCAAUAACAUUCAUCCUGCUGGGACUAACAGAUGAUCCACAGCUACAGGUUUUUCUUACGGUAUUUCUGUUUCUCACCUACGUAUUUACUGUUGCUGGAAAUCUAACCAUUAUCCUUCUCACAUUAAUGGAUCCUCACCUUAAAACCCCCAUGUACUUUUUCCUUCGGAACUUUUCCAUCUUAGAAAUAUUAUUUACAACUGUCUGUGUUCCUAGAUUCCUGUACAGCCUGACAACUGGAGACAAAACUGUGACCUAUAAUGCUUGUGUCAUUCAAUUAUUUUUUGUCAUCCUCAUCGGAGCAACGGAAUUCUUUCUUCUAACCGCCAUGUCCUAUGAUCGCUAUGUGGCCAUUUGCAAACCCCUACACUACACCACCAUUAUGAAUGACAGGGUGUGCACUAUACUGGUUCUUUCCUGUUGGUUGGCUGGGUUAAUUGUCAUAUUCCCACCAAUUAGCCUAGGAAUUCAGCUUGAUUUCUGUAAUUCCAAUAUCGUUGACCAUUUUGGCUGUGAUGCAUCCCCUCUUCUGAUGAUUGUGUGCUCAGACACGCAAUUUGUAGAACAAGUUGUUUUAACCAUGGCUGUGCUGACCCUCAUAUUCACACUGGUGUGUGUAAUUGUGUCCUACACAUACAUCAUCAAGACUAUUUUAAGACUUCCUUCUGCUCAACAAAGAAAAAAGGCUUUCUCUACUUGUUCUUCCCAUGCGAUUGUCAUUUCCAUCACCUAUGGGAGUUGCAUCUUCAUCUAUAUCAAGCCAGCAAAGGAAGGAGUGGCACUUAAUAAGGUGGUGUCAUUGCUCAACACCUCAUUUAUCCCUUUGAUGAACCCGUUCAUUUACACACUACGAAAUAAGCAAGUCAAACAGGCCUUUAAGGACUCAAUUAAAAAGAUGGCAUUUUUCUCAGAGCAUUAGGAGACUUUAAAAUUAAUACAUAUAUUAUACAUAAUAUAUACAUAUGGAAUUGUUUCUUCAUUUAUUAUAUGUUCUAACUCAAAUAUAAAUUGAAGUUUCAUUAAGCUCUAUUUUUCUAUUACUCUUAAAAGCACAGAGUGACAUGAGAUUACUGUCUUAUUUCAGGUAAACUUUCUUUCAAAUGGCUCAUUUUAAGUGGAUAUGAAAAUAGAUUUCUAGAAAGUCCACACAAGACCUCAUUAUCCUUAUGAUGGAAACACACAAUAAAAAGGAACCAAGAAAAUUUUGAGUUUUAUUUCUGUCUAUUCAUUCAUUUACAGUAUUUUUUCCUUAUGAAGUAGAAUAAAUCAAAGGGAAUGAUUCUUAUUUUGUCAGUCUGUCCUAAUCCUUUUCCUCAAACCCUAUAGAUGUCAAUACAUCUGUAUACUUAAAUAUUUUGUAGUAGUCUACACCCAUUUGUCUUAAAUUUGAAUGCCUGGAGUCAAAGUCUCUUCUUGUGUUUCAACAUUUGUUGUACCUGGAGCCUCAUGGUCCCACCAGUGCAAAACACAUGGAACAGAAGAUUUAGAUCAGUGUUUUAAUUGUUUUAUUUUUAAAUCAACAGUACAUUUUCUAAAAAUACAAAUUUCUAUUCAGUAGGUGUGGGGUAAGACUUGAUACUCUGCUUUGUUAAUAAGCUUCUGGAUAUGUUGUUGCAACUGAUCUGAUAACCACAAUUUGAGUAACAAGGAUUUAAAAUAAUGAUCGGUAAUAUCAGGUAUAUUUAGAUAUUCAAAUAGCCGGUUCUUGUCUCCAUAUUAGGUAAUGGUGUUGGUGUCUAAGAAUGCCUUGGAACAAAUUAAUACAUUUAAUAAUCUCAAGAAAGUUAGCUAUCUACUCUAGUUACCACAAUGCAGUGCUCUACAGCAAUAUGAAUUUAUUUUUCCUUUCCCUAAAUCAUGUCAUUCAGAGAAAGAAAAAAACUUGAGAGGUAAAACACAGAGCCAUGAAAUUCCAAUAAAUGUCAACUUGACAUCAAA